ACAAUCGAAGACAUGCAUGCAUCGUUCGAUGCAUUAUUAUUGGUGCGGUCGUCCGGUCGAUGAUGACCUAUCAGCAUAUGCUGUUGAUUUCCAUCAGCAAGAAAAAUGGCAGCACCUCCGGCCCGUCCAAAGAGCACCUCGUCCUCGUAGCUCAACAUCUAGCAGAUUGCCAUAUGCAUCAUCUGCUCUGCUAGCUAUAUAUAUAGACAUGGAGUGGAAUCAAGAAGCCAUUGGCAAUGCAAGCUCCAGUCAUCAGCUAGCGAUCGAGCGUCCCGGCCCCAUCGUCUGCUGAUAAUAAAGCACAAGCAGCUUCCAAGGGAUCGGACUAUCGGAGGCAAUGGAGGGAGGCGUGGUGCUGCUCAACUGCUCCGUGAGCCCCUUCGGCAACCGCGUGCGCAUCGCGCUGAAGCUCAAGGGCGUGGUGUACGAGGAGAAGGCCGAGAACCUGGCGGCCAAGAGCCCGCUGCUGCUGUCCUCCAACCCCGUCCACGCCAAGGUCCCCGUCCUCAUCGUCGGGGGCAAGCCCGUGUGCGAGUCCCUCGUCAUCCUCGAAUUCAUCGACGACGCCUUCUCUUCUACCGCCGGCGAGCUGCGGCUCCUCCCCGCCGACCCCUACGCACGCGCCCACGCCCGUUUCUGGGCCUCUUACGUCGACACCAAGCUCAACGAUUGCGCGAUGCGCGUGUGGCGGCAGCCCAAGGGCGCGGCGGCGGCGGUGGAGGCGGCGGCGAAGGACACGGUGGCCGCGCUCAAGACGCUGGAGGCCGAGCUGGGCGGGAAGCCGUACUUCGGCGGGGACGCCCUCGGCUACAUUGACGUCGCGCUGGUGCCCUUCGCGCCGUGGUUCCUGACCUACGAGCGGUUUGGCGGCUUCGGCGUCGCCGCCGAGUGCCCGGCGCUGGCGGCGUGGGCAGAGCGCUGCGUCCGGGAGAACCAGUGCGUGGCCGAGUCGCUGCCGGAGGCCGAGCACGUGUUCCAGUUCGUGUGCGGCAUGAGGAAGGCGUUCGGCCUCGACUAG